AUGGAUGCUCCAGAAGGUUGUCCUCCCUCUGUAUAUCGUUUGAUGCUGCAAUGCUGGAAUUGGUCACCCAGUGAUCGACCACGUUUCAAAGAAAUCCAUGCGAGCUUGGAAUCACUUUUCCCUCAAUCAACUAUCGAUGAAGAGGAUUACGGUGUUUUGAAGCAAACAUUUACACACUUGCGGACAGUUGUAUUAGAAUGA